GUCAAAUUUCUUGCGUAAAUGAGAGCAAUCCCACGAAAAAGGAGUGCUCUCCAGAUUGUCAAAACCUGUCUGGGUUAUACUACUCCACUUUACACGUAAUUGUUCUAGCCUAUCAGAAUGACAACGACGGGUUAUCAACAAAUUUGACACUUUUUUUUUUUUAGGAGAAACGUUUCUAAACGUUUGUUGCUUGUCUUAUGUGUUCGUAUUUGUUAUAUUGAAGGUCUUCCUAUGUCGAUUUGGAGCACCAUUCGCUAAUGUCACUUUCCCCUGAUCACUAGAGCAUUGGUCAGUGACGAGUGUUACCAACAUCAAGACUCCAAAAGACCUGCUGGGACCUGAGGAGAUUUUGUUUUUGAUCUAUUUUUCAAAAUGAACCUUAUUGGGAGCUACCAGCAUCAUCAUCUGAUGCACGAGACCUUUCCAUUCGUCCAGAGGUGUCAUCAAGAUAACCCGUACUUCCAAAGCUGGGUGGUGAACCACGGCGAUGUCCCUCCUGAUUUCCAGAUCCAGUCUCCGUACUCCACGGAGUUUGGGGCUCAGGGUCCGGCUCACGACAGCCAGCUGGACGCUCCCUCAGCGCGCACUGGAAAGAGGAGAGCCUCGGGGCCGAAGAAGGAGCGGAGGAGGACGGAGAGCAUCAACACUGCGUUCGCCGAACUGAGAGAAUGUAUACCAAACGUACCGGCAGACACGAAACUGUCCAAAAUUAAAACAUUACGACUAGCAACAAGUUAUAUUGCCUACCUAAUGGACGUGCUGGCUAAAGACACUGGAGAGACUGAGGGAUUCAAUGCCGAAAUCAAGAAAUAUGAUAACAGAGAUUUGAAACGGAAACGGGAAACGAACGAGGACCUGCAAGAGUCAUUAGGAAACGAGAGAAAGUUCAAAGGGCGGACAGGGUGGCCUCAGCAAGUCUGGGCUUUGGAAUUGAACCAGUGACUGUUCUGACGUCACUGAGCAGAGCAAGCAGCAGAAACUCACGCAGACUCCGUAUUCAAGCACUUCGCUGCAAGGAAUACAACCACUUAUAUACACAUCUAUAGGCCUUCUACGUGCAAUGUUCAAAUUCAAACACGGUAGACUUGGUGAAAUGCAAUAUUAUGCAAAUGAUUCAAAAAACUGCCUGGACACCUUUUCUUUUGUCAUUUGUAUUCUUUGAUAGAAUAUAAAUGAAAGUUAGGCUAUAUAGCUUAGAAUAAAUAUGUUUGGUUGUGGAUAGGCCACGAUACUGAACGGAGAGACUGUCACGGUGGUAUAUGUGUGGUGUUUCUUUAUUCUUUAACGCGGCAAUCAAUGUUCAGCACUGUUUUUUUAUGCUAUGCAUUGUCUUGUUAUAAUAGUGUCGACUUGUCGUGUUGUCUUGUUAAUAUUUUUUGGGAAUCUACCUCAAAUUAAUGUAAUUGUCCCUUUGAAAUAUAAAACAAUUACGUUUAGAAAGUGCAGGACAAAUAUCUGUAAAAAAAAAAAAACGGAACGUAAUUCCAAAGGACACAGGUGGUUAAUUAUUAGACUGUAUAUUUGAAUCUGACGAAAUUGUUGUCUUUGUGUGAAUUGGAUGUAAAAUUAUAUUAAUAGAUGACUUAAUAAAUGAAUUACAUAAUUAAUCACAAAAUCGUUGUAAAACGGCAAUGAAAUCAUUCAGUGCUUCAAAAUAACGAUUAGGUAUAGGUCUUGAUAUGCAUAUCCCUAGGCUACCAAUUUGUAAGUCGCUCUGGAUAAGAGCGUCUGCUAAAUGACUUAAAUGUAAAUGUAAAUGUACUAUUUAUUAAUUUCCUUUAUUUGAGGAUACAGUUUCUAAGAGUACAUUUUUUAAAUGUAUUGAUACCAAUCACGAGACACAUCCGGGUAAUGGUACAGUUUGGUAAAACAUUUUAGGUUACAAAUGGAACAAUUUAAUCAUAGCAUGUGUGAAAAAAAAGAAAAGGUUGUGGAAGACUAUAAGAAGCACAUUCCCUCUCUCCCACUAUCCCACUAUCCCACAUUCCCUCUCUCCCACUAUCCCACUAUCCCACAUUCCCUCUCUCCCACUAUCCCACAUUCCCUCUCUCCCACUAUCCCACUAUCCCACAUUCCCUCUCUCCCACUAUCCCACUAUCCCACAUUCCCUCUCUCCCACUAUCCCAGGUCCCCAUACAGCUGGGCCCUCGAGGAUACAUCUUCUUAUUUUGUUUCUUCAAUCUGUUGUUUUAUGGUAAUGUGCUAGAUAACAUAAGGGUUUGGGAUGCAGUGGUUUAAAAUAUGAAAACACCUGCUUCAGGGUGCUGGGUCCGAAGUACAAUAAAUAAUCACUGGCAUAUAUCUCUGGUCAUAAUUAAUAUAGGCGAGGGAAGUCAUAUGCCAGUCGUGAUGGCAGUUAUAGGCAAUUUUCUUGGGUAUGAGCUAAAACAUUUGAUUUGCUCUAUACGAUAUUUACCAUAUUCAGAAAUUCAUUAUAGAUCAAUAUAGGUCUAUAGUAAUUCAGUUAAAAAUGUAGACGAAAAACUCAUAUUUGGUUACGUUCAAUUGACGGUGAUUACGUUCCAUUUUGUCAUGGGACAGACGCACGCUGUUUCGCCCGGAACCAAUAAAACCGUCUUUCGAUUGACUUAUCAGCCCACAAGAUAAACUCGUACCAUCAAUCAAUCAAUUUCAAAGCAUAGCCUAUACCAGGGUUUCCCUAAAUUAGAUCCCGGGGCCACGUUUUUGUUGUUGCCCUAGCAGCUGAUUCGAGCAUGACCGAGUCUGUGAAACCCUGGCCUAUUUUAGUA